AUGACUACAAAGGAACUCAUUGGUAAAGUUGCAAAGUUGUUUAACCUUGGAGAAAAAUUCAUUUGUCUAUCAUUUGAGUUUCAACCUGGUGCUGGUGCUGAGAAGCUUACAAUUGAAAUCGAAGAAGGAGACGAAGAAAGUUACCAACAUGCUUUGACAAUUCUUCCUAAUUAUUCUCGAAUAACUGUGGAACUGAGGAUUGAGAAAAUGAGAGAAGCUGGUAUAUCCAACCAAAGAAAGUUCCGUAAGAAAGAGGUUGUUGCAGAGGAAAUAAAGAGAGAAAUGGGACUUCAUGAUGAUCAAGGAAAAGCAAAGAAGGGAUACCUUGAUGGUAAAUGGACAGCUAAAUGUGAUGCAUUAAUGGAGGAGGAUUCCAGGUUUCUGUACGAGUAUGACAAAUUACAGGCUGGGAUGGAGCUGGCAUUGGGAGACAAAAGGUAUCUUCUGAAUCCAUUUCAGAUAAUAUGUCCUAUUUGUGGAAAUGUGAAAUGUUUGGGAAACAUGAGCCAGCUUGCAUCAGUGAUACAGCAUAUCACUACCCAGCAUACUACAGGUGCUGCUGUCGCAUGCACUAGACGAUUGAAGGCAUGGGUCAACAACCACUCUAUCAGCGCGCAGCAAAUAGAUGACGAGGCACCUCUGCCUGAAAGUCUCUUCAACCCAACAGCACUAGUAUCGACACCACGGGUCAGGAAUGCCAUCCUAGCCCGUGACAUUGAUUAAGGGGUGCUUGUCAAUAUUUUAAUGAGGCAUACAGAAUUCAUUUUGCAGUAAACAUUAUCAUUGAUUAUGCUUAAAGGUCAUAAUAUCACAAAACUAUCUUGAGUAUAACUGUGUGACACUGAUUUUUUCUUUAACCACAGUGUAUAUCAGUGUGAUCAUACCACAUUACAUGUGCUCGGUGUGCAUCGUAUUCGCAUCUGAAAAGGUCAAUAGCGAUUUUUAACUAUUAACCAACUGUUGAAGCUGAAUAACUACUGUAAGCCAAACCAUUACUAUCGGUAAUGUUUGGGUAAAAAUACAAUGCACAUGUGAUGCCAUAGGAUCUCAUUCUUGCAUAAACCUGGACAAUAACUUAGAUGAGUUAUAUUGUGCUUCAAUGAGUUUCAAAACCAUGUAUUCGUUUAAUUCGGCAUGCAUCCAGUUGUGUAAAUCGAAGUACAAAUCCAGUCAGUGAAUAAAUAUUUUUUAUUUAUGUUUAUGACAGGCUUGCUGGAAAUUUUCAACAACUGGGAUUACAUUUUAUAAUUACUAUGCAUGUAUUUACGGGAACCACUCAGCUUUUGAAUCUUUAAUGAAUCUACGUUUUGACUAAUUUGUAGUUACCUAAAAUCCUAAAAAUGACUACCAGUCGAAAAAUAGAUUUAUUAAACAAAAUGUUAUUCCGAGUUUUGUAUUUUAUACCUGUAUGUCACAAAUGAAGUAUUGGACAAGUACCCCUUAAUAAUGAACCAUCAAGGAAGGAAACUACUUAGCCCAUUGGCUUAAACUUGCCAUUGAUGCUGGGAUACUAUCGAUAGAUCAUGUAUUGUAUCAAUCUGUAGAUGUAUUCAUAACUGAACAACUUCAGCAACCACAUCCUGUGUUGGACUGGACCGCAUGGCCAACUUUGUAUAGCUUUUGUGAAUCUCUAUUUAACAUUAGAACAAGGCGGGGGUACCGUUCUUAUCUUGGUAAGAAACGGUAUGGUUAUAAAGACCAAGCUACCACAGCUGCACCAUCACUUGAGUACUGUUUCCCUGGCACCUUAGACCUGAAGAAAUCUCCACCAAUAUAUAACAGUGGCCCUCAUUUAAACAAUUUGAUGCUACUGUUAACUAUGUUGAACACACUUGAUGGCAUACCAACCUAUCAGGGAAAUGGAAUUAAGAAGCAUUUCACUUGUGUUCACUAUGAUGGAAUGCCAUUGAAUAUUGGGACAUUCCCUAGGCAGGAAAAUGGAGAAAUAAUCUUCGAUGGAAUUUUACCGACAAUAAAUCAUCACAUGGAAGAUUUAUACAGAAAUGGCAAUGCAGCUGUUCAUCGCUACAUAAAGGAGAACUGUGAAUGGAUCAGCGAAGUUAAGGAAUAUGACAUGAUGGAUACUUCUGGCAAUGUAAACAUUAAUGUUUUUACCUCAUUCGGAGCAUCUGCUGGGGACUCAGCCAGUGUAAAGGAUGAACUUAACGAAGCACUCCAGUGUUUGCAGUCUUGUACCAAUUGUAUCCUGUCAGAUAAUGCUACGACAUGUACAUUUUCCUCAUUGGAUAAGCCAUGUGAAAGAUGUGACCAGAAGAAGUGCACAAAUUAA